UCAAGGAAGCUGGAGCUUUCCCCGCAUUUCCUUUUCGCAUUCCUUCCGCCGCCCCUUGCGAAUCUGAGUUCGAACCCGUUGCCCAGCGGUCUCGCAUCGCCUUCGCCAUGGCUCUCAGCGAUGCCGACGUGCAGAAGCAGAUUAAGCAUAUGAUGGCUUUCAUUGAACAAGAAGCCAAUGAGAAAGCAGAAGAAAUAGAUGCCAAGGCAGAAGAAGAGUUCAACAUUGAGAAAGGUCGUCUCGUGCAAACCCAAAGACUGAAGAUUAUGGAAUAUUAUGAAAAGAAGGAAAAGCAGAUUGAGCAGCAGAAGAAAAUUCAAAUGUCCAAUUUGAUGAAUCAAGCAAGGCUCAAGGUCCUCAGAGCAAGAGAUGACCUUAUCACAGACCUGCUAAAUGAAGCAAAGCAGAGACUCAGCAAGGUGGUAAAAGAUACAACCAGGUACCAAGUGCUGCUGGAUGGACUGGUUCUGCAGGGUCUGUACCAGUUGUUGGAGCCCCGAAUGAUUGUUCGUUGCAGGAAACAAGAUUUCCCUCUGGUAAAGGCUGCAGUUCAAAAAGCGAUCCCUAUGUACAAAAUUGCCACCAAAAAAGAUGUUGAUGUCCAAAUUGAUCAGGAGUCCUACUUGCCUGAGGAAAUAGCUGGUGGAGUUGAGAUCUAUAAUGGGGAUCGUAAAAUAAAGGUUUCCAACACUCUAGAAAGCCGGCUGGAUCUCAUAGCCCAGCAGAUGAUGCCGGAAGUACGGGGAGCCUUGUUUGGUGCAAACACCAACAGGAAGUUUCUGGACUAAGCCUGUGGGAGGUGGAGUUCAUCCAUUGCUCUACUGCUGUGAUGUGGAAGUCUCGGAUAUUUGCAGGAGCAAGAUUGUCUAUGUAGCUUCCUCUUUACUGUUCUAAUAUUCUGUGUUUAUCAGGGGAUACCCUUCUGUAGCUAAUAUCCUUGGCCUAAUUGUUAACAAUGGGAGACAGUCUCACUUAAUAUGAUCAGGAAGCUACCUUUAGUCCAUCUAAAAGUAGCACAGCUUCUCUUUGGUUCUGCAGCACAAAGGUGAGGGCAUCAGACAGUGGCUGCGUGAACUUCACUGAGUCCUCUGCUCUCUCUCUGGCUCCUAGUUAUCUAGUCUAGGGAGUAGUGUGUGUGAUGUUCUCUGCCUUGAAGUCUCUGCUCUGUAGAUUUGAAAUGCAUGUGGGGCAUGCUUUCCUUCCAGUAGUAGUAGCUUCACUGUUACAUAUUUGGGCCUAGAAGUUUUCCUUAUCUGUAAAUGUGAUUUAAAAUCUAAA